CACGCCUCUGAUUGGUUGACCAGGAUAAAGCGCACGUGCACCGGUACAGCUGGGCCGGUGGAUGAACUGCACAUAAUGCAUGCACUGCAUAAUUGGCGGCGCUGGUAUUGCAGUUUCUCGGUGGUUGGGGGAAAACGAAGAGAGGAGCUAACGUAUAAUUAUUUACAUGGAUUUUGGUCUUUUCUUCAUGUUUUGAUAAUCAAGAUUCUGUCCAGCCCUGCUACAGUUCUUCCUAUUGUCUUUCAUCUGUGACACAUUCUGUGUAUAUAACAAGUAACCAUGGCAACUGAACUAAGGCUUGAAGAUAUCCUCUCUGGUCCUUACACCUGGAAAUCAAUGCGACCUUGUGACCUCUCCAAUUGCACCAAAGAGGAAAUCUUAGCUUAUUUUGAGAAUAGUUACAGUUUGAAUGAGAGCAUCUUUGCUGCUUUGAGAACAAAAGAUGCUUUCUACAGAGCACCAGAUAGACUUCGCCUUCCACUCAUCUUUUACUUUGCCCAUACUGCCACAGUGUACAUCAACAAGCUUAUGUUGGCUGGACUUAUUGAGGAAAGAGUAAACUUUGAAUAUGAGACCAUGUUUGAGACGGGCGUUGAUGAGAUGUCUUGGGAUGACACUGAGAAUUAUCGCAUGGGUGGUAGCUACCAAUGGCCCUAUUUGGAAGACGUUGUUCAGUUCAGACUCAAAGUACGAAAUGUCAUCCGGAAGGUUAUUGAAGCCACACCCCUCGAGCUUCCAGUGACUCAAGAUAGUAAAUGGUGGGGCCUUUUCAUGGGCUUUGAACAUGAGAGAAUCCACAUUGAGACCUCAUCUGUCUUAAUCCGUCAGUUACCAAUAUCCAUGGUCAGAAAGCCUGCUGACUGGGUCUCUGGACCCGUCACAUUUGGUGAGAGCCCUAUGAAGAACCCCUUUAUACCAGUGGAGGCCACAGAGGUGAUGAUGGGCAAACCUAGGGAUUUCCCCUCCUAUGGCUGGGAUAAUGAAUAUCCACAACUUCAUACCAGUGUACCAAGCUUUGAGGCCAGUAAAUUCCUGAUCACUAAUAGAGAGUUCCUAGGAUUCGUUGAGUCCAAGGGAUAUGAAAAUGAGAAGCUUUGGAGUAAAGAAGGCUGGAAGUGGAGGACAUUCCGUCAAGCAAUUCACCCAACAUUCUGGGUGUGUGAUAAAGGUUGUGUGUCAGGCUGUGGAGGGGUAUUGGCUGGUUACUCACAUUGCAAGGCAGAUCAAAACCAGAAUGUUUCCACCUAUAGGUACCGAUCAUUUUGUGAAGAGACUGCUAUUCCGUGGGACUGGCCUGUGGAAGUGAAUUAUCAUGAAGCUAAAGCGUAUGCAGCAUGGAAAGGUUCAGACUAUAGACUGCUAACUGAGGCUGAACACAAUGCUAUUAGGGAUAGACAGGUUCCUGUCUCCAAGGGGAUUGAAUCAGACCUUAUUUAUGACAAAGAGCUCCACAAGAAAUGUAACCUCAAUCUUGUAUUCGGCACUUCUACACCUGUUAACAUGUACCCAGCCAAUGAGAAGGGUUUCCAUGAUGUCUUUGGUAACGUAUGGCAAUGGGUAGAGGAUCAUUUUAAUGGACUACCAGGCAGUGAGACACACUAUCUGUAUGAUGACUUCUCUUCUCCUACCUACGAUGGCAACCACAAUGUCAUUCUUGGAGGAUCAUGGAUAUCAACUGGUGAUGAAGCAUCCAGGUUUGCUAGGUACGCCUUCAGGAGACAUUUCUUCCAACAUGCAGGAUUCCGUUUGGCUCGUUCCAUAUCAUCAAACCAAGAACUACCUGUCAGACUUGUGCGCAACCCAGCCCAACAAGAUCACGAGCCUAGGUAACCCUCCCCCCUGGACGACAUCAGUAAGAAGCUUGUUCUCACCACCAAUAAACAGUUACACAUGGAAACCCAAAUCAAUGCCGAGGAACGUCUCUUUGAGGAGUAUGUCCUUGAUGAAAUUAACCUCUCCACAUCCCUGCGUAAGAUCUGUAUGGCUGCUGCUAAGAGACAUGGAACCAAGGUGGUAAAUGCCCUCGAUAUAGGAUGUGGGUGUGGCCGAUUGACCUUUGAACUUUCCAGAGAAGUUGAGCAUGUUAUUGGUUUAGAAUACUGUGAUGUGUAUCUGAAGUCUGCUGAGGAGCUCCUAUCCAAGAAACAGAAGUUAUUCUACUGUCCUAAAGGUGACUGUCGAAGACCUGCCAAACGUCUAAAGAGAUCAACACAUGAUGGAUGCACCAUUACUGCCAAACUUCCUACAGAUACCAACCCUUCAAGAAUAACAUUGAAACAGUUUACUUGGAUUCCCAACGAGCUUAGUGGAUUCGAUCUGGUUGUACAUCAUUGUUUGGAUAGAGUACAGAACAAGAAAGCUUGGCUGAUUCGACUAUGGGAGAUUCUUACUCCAAGCGGAAUUGCAGUAAUCUCUGGCCUCGGUGACUGGACAAGACAGAAGCUAGAACCCAUCAUUGGAGACAAAUUGCGGUACCUAGACACGGUUCCUGUUCAUUAUGGUUAUGAUUACUGGCUGACUGAACCAGAUCAAGAAACAUGGGUUACUGUCUGGUGUCUGAAGAACACAGAAAAUGGGCAGUCCAUCUAGAUGAAGUACUCAUCUGCAAAAAUACAAAGUCAGGCAUAUCAUGUAAAUACAAGUACAAUUAUUCUUAAUUGCACUCUAGAUGAUCUUUCAACUUAUUCUUCCAUCAUGAGGCAGAGACGGUUCCUAUGAUAUGGGAUGUCAUAAAUCACCAAUGAGAAAUAAUCAGUGGCUCAAAAUAUGUAGUCUAUUGAUGAUUUGCCUUUUCAACUUGUUUCUUGAAGAUGGUGAUCUCAUAGGUUGUGAUCUUGGGAUGGCUAAUGCUUUAUAAUGAAGGAUGAAAAGCUGAUUUAUAACCCUUAUUAUUUCCUUCAGAUUAAUUUACUUUUGGCAAAUCAGUGACAUUGGAUAUCCCUUCUAUUUUACAUUUGGCUCUAUGUCAAAGCAUAAAAUUCCUCUAAUUCAUUACAAAAUUAUUAGGGCUAUCAUUUGCCACCUUGAUUUUUUUUUUGUCGGUUUUGGGAGUAUUAAAACAGCACAUAAAUCCCAUGUAUGGGACAACAUAUAAUCAGAAUGCAUUAAAUGGGCUUUCUUGGCAAUAGUAAUCAAUAAUUAAUUCCUUCACAGUUUUUUUUUAACUGUAACUUUAGGAGUUAAGCCACAUGCAUUAUUGUUUAUAUAACUACAGUAGGGACACAUUGUUUUUGAAGCACUGUACAUGUUUCACAUCAGUUGCCAUAGAUUUUCACCUUCUAACAUUAUAAAUUG